CAUGAAGGGGCAAGGUUAUGAUGGCGCCGCGAACAUGUCCGGGGCGUAUAAAGGUGUACAGGCACGUAUCCGUGAACGCAUCCCAGAUGCCGUAUACUCGCAUUGUAAGGCACAUUGUCUUAAUCUUACAAUAGUGCAUUCUUGCAAGGUGGAGUUCGUUCGAAACAUGAUGGACGUAGUUCAGAUAAUUGCAUUUGCAUUCAGUUAUUCAGCGAAGCGUUUGGCCCAGUAUAAGCAGACAUUGGAGGGAGACCCUGAAAGUCUUGAGCAGAUGCAGGAGCGACGUCAUCUGCAAAACCUAUGUGAGACCCGAUGGGCAGCGAGAGCCGAUGCAUUGACAACGUUCCUUGCUUCGAUUAGGACAGUUGUUACAGCAUUGCAGACGCUUUCAGACAAUGGCGAUAGUAAAGCUACUGGUCACUGUCUGUCUAUUCAGCAGUUUGGAUUUAUUAUCACAUUGGUGGCAUCGCAGCACGUUCUGGAGGCGCUAGUACCUUUGUCCCUUACACUGCAGAAAAAAGACUGCAAUCUCGUGCGAGCCCUCACAGACACCAAAGUUGUCAUUAAAACAUUGCAGGUAUAUAAAUGCAAAUACGACUGUAACAUGCUGCUCAUUUCUUCCUUUGUCAAAUUGAGAUUAAUAAAUUAUGUUUUUAAAAGAUUUACCAUUAGAAUGAUCACAGACCAAUAAAUAAUUUAGAUAAAGU